CGCCUGGUGUCGGAGGACGGCCGCCAGCAUUUUCGCUUCGACCGCGCCAGCGGCCGCCUCGUCGUGGCCGACAGGCUGGACCGGGAGCAGCUGUGCGGCCAGGCCGACACCUGCACGCUCCCCUUCGAGCUGCUGCUGGCCGACCCGCUGCAGUUCUUUCGGGUCGAGGUCACCCUCGAGGAUAUCAAUGACCAUGCGCCGGUUUUUCCCGAGGAAAGAGUCACUUUUGAGAUCCCCGAAACGAGCGAUCCGGGCUCUCAAUUUCCUCUAGAGGUUGCUCUGGACUUUGAUGUUGGCAGCAACAGUGUGCAGGCAUACAGUAUUGUUCCCGAGAACGAAUACUUUAGUGUCUCCUAUCAGAGUGGGAUUAGGGGCAAGGAAUAUGUAGAACUUGUUUUGGAAAAGCCCCUAGACAGAGAGGAGCAGGCAGAGAUGGAUUUUAGUCUCAUUGCUGUGGAUGGGGGCUCUCCACCCAGGAGUGGGACAACCCAAAUUCACAUUACAGUUCUGGAUGCAAACGACAACGCUCCAGUCUUCACACAGAAGGAGUAUGACGUGAAGGUGUUGGAAAACGUACCAGAGGGUUCUGUGGUUCUGAGUGUGUUGGCAACAGAUCGGGAUUCAGGACUUAAUGGGGACAUCUCCUACCAAUUAAGCAAAGGAGUGGGCAAGAGCGACUCAGCGUUUGAGAUUGAUUCCAUAACGGGAGAAAUUAAACUCACAAAGCCUCUGGACUUUGAGGCAGCACAGACUCAUGAGCUCAGUGUGAGGGCCACAGAUGGUGGGGGCCUCUCGGCAAUCUGCAAGGUGUUGGUGGAGGUGUUGGAUGUGAAUGACAAUGCACCCGAGCUGCUGGUCAGUUCCUUCAGCAGUCCCCUCGCCGAGAACUCCGCGCCCGGCACGGUGGUUGCCCUCUUUACUGUCAGGGACAGGGAUGCCGGUGCCAACGGCAAGGUGUCCUGUGCCCUCGACCAUCAGCUCUUCUUCUCCCUGCGGCCAGCCUAUAAGAAUUACUACGAGCUGGUGACUGUGAGGGCGCUGGACCGGGAGGACACGGCUCAGCACAUCCUCACUGUGACUGCUGUGGAUGGGGGCUCUCCACCCAGGAGUGGGACCACCCAAAUUCACAUUACAAUUCUGGAUGUCAAUGACAACUCUCCAGUCUUCACACAAAAGAUUUACCAUAGGCAGGUCCUGGAAAGCGCACCAGAGGGAUCUUUGGUCCUGAUUGUGCUGGCAACUGAUCCAGAUGCGGGAGUUAAUGGAGAAAUCUCCUAUCAGUUCAGUCAACCAGUCAGUCAGAGUGACUCCGCGUUUGAGAUUGACUCCAGGAGUGGAGAAAUUAAACUCUCAAAGCCUCUCGACUUUGAGGCAGCACAGACUCAUGAACUCCGUGUGAGAGCCACAGAUGGUGGGGGACUCUCGGCAAUCUGCAAGGUGUUGGUGGAGGUGUUGGAUGUGAAUGACAACGCACCCGAGCUGCUGGUCAGUUCCUUCAGCAGUCCCCUCGCCGAGAACUCAGCGCCCGGCACGGUGGUUGCCCUCUUUACUGUCAGGGACAGGGAUGCCGGUGCCAACGGCAAGGUGUCCUGUGCCCUCGACCAUCAGCUCUUCUUCUCCCUGCGGCCAGCCUAUAAGAAUUACUACGAGCUGGUGACUGUGAGGGCGCUGGACCGGGAGGACACGGCUCAGCACAUCCUCACU